AUGGCAGCAUUUGAUGAGGCCGGCAUCGAGAUGGUGUCGACCGAUCAAUUCUCGGGAUCUUCUUCAUCGACAGCAGCCGACGACACGCAAACAGAAAUCGAACAACUAGCACGCCAAGUCACAAACGCAUCACACGUUCACGAUGCCAACACGCACCACGAUGUCUUGAACCCACCCAAGAACAGCCAUCUGGAUCCGAACUCCUCAAACUUUGACAGCGUAGCAUGGACACAGGCCUUCAUUCACCUUUUCGAAUCAGAUCCCAACUCAGCACCCAAUAGGAGCGCGGGAGUCGCAUUUCGAGACCUCAAUGUCUUUGGAUAUAGCUCUGGGACACAGUACCAGAAGAGCACUGGCAACAUUGCACUCAGUAUGGUAUCUGAUCUUGUUGGCCUUGCCACGGGGAGGUCGAGGAGACGGAUCGAUAUCCUGCGAGACUUUGAGGGCCUUGUUGAGCCUGGUGAGAUGCUGCUCGUGCUUGGUCCGCCUGGGUCAGGGUGCUCUACUCUUCUUAAGACGUUGGCUGGUCAGACUGAAGGGUUGAACGUUGCCCAGGACUCCUAUAUGAACUUCCGGGGAAUCGAACCAAACCGCAUGCACGACUGGUUCCGCGGCGACGUCCUCUACAACGCCGAAGUAGACGUCCACCUCGCCCCCCUGUCCGUGGGCGACACCCUCGAAUUCGCCGCGCGCGCCAGAGUUCCCUCCCACGUACCCGGAAACCUCACGGGCCAACAGUUCGCGCGCAUCAUGCGCGACGUCAUGAUGGCGGCCUUUGGCAUCGCCCACACCGUCAACACCAAAGUCGGCGACGACUACGUGCGCGGGGUCUCGGGUGGCGAGCGCAAGCGCGUCAGCAUCGUCGAGGCCGCGCUGACGGGUGCCAAGUUCCAGUGCUGGGAUAAUAGCACGCGAGGGCUUGAUAGUGGGAACGCGAUUGCGUUUUGUCGGAAUUUGAGGACGCAGAGUGAUCUGUUGGGGGUUGCGUCUGUUGUGGCUAUCUAUCAGGCGCCGCAGUCUGCAUAUGAUCUAUUUGAUAAGGUGACGGUAGUGUAUGAGGGGAGACAGAUCUUCUUUGGCAGGAUUGGCGAAGCGAAGCGGUACUUUGAGGAGCUUGGCUUUCAGUGUCCCGACCGGCAAACCGUUUCGGACUUCCUCACGUCGAUGACAUCUCCAAACGAAAGAAAGGUUCAACCAGGCCACGAUCACCUCGCCCCUCGAACCCCUGAAGAGUUCGCCGCCAGAUGGAAGGCAUCCAAACAGCAUGUAACACUCAUGGCAGACAUUGCGGCCUACGAUAGCAAUCAUUCGUCGAAAGCCCGCCUCGAGGCGUUCCAGAACAGCAUCAAAGCCGAGAGAAGUUCAUGGCAACGACUCAAGUCUCCUUACAUGAUUACAUAUCCGAGUCAAGUCAAGCUAUGUCUUUGGCGCGGGUGGAAGCGUCUGGUUGCCGACCCCGAGUUCACGCUGUCUUCUCUGGUGUUCAACAUCAUUGUUGGAUUCGUGCUCGGAAGCAUGUUUUUCAACUUGAGGCAGGACUCGGGGACGUUCUACUACCGUGGUGGACUAAUCUUCUUUGCUCUGUUGUUUAAUGCUUUUGCUAGUGAAAUGGAGGUUCUCACAUUGUACACUCAAAGACCCGUCAUCGAAAAGCAUAACCGAUACGCCCUCUACCACCAGUCUGCGGAAGCCAUCUCGAGCUACAUCACCGAAUUACCAUACAAAAUCACCAACGUCUUCACCUUCAACUCGAUUCUCUACUUCAUGGCAAACUUGAAUCGAGAGCCUGGCCCCUUCUUCUUCUUCUGCCUUGUCUCAUUCUUGGUACUCCUAGCUAUGUCGGGCAUCUAUCGCACCAUGGCAUCCCUCGCACGUACCUCGCAUCAAGCCAUGGUCCCCGUCACUCUUGUUACUAUCGGCGUGAUGAUGUAUGCCGGCUUCACGGUACCGACAGCCUAUAUGCAGGGGUGGUCACGCUGGAUGGGAUACGUCAACCCCCUUUCUUAUGCGUUCGAGGCGCUCAUGGCCAAUGAGUUUCAUGAUCGUCAGUUCUUAUGUGCUGGGCUCGUGCCGUCUGGUCCUGGAUACGAUGGUCUCUCGAUUUCUGGUCGUACCUGCGCUGUUGUGGGCGCUGUACCGGGCUCAGAUAUGAUAGAUGGUGACCGAUACAUUGAGCAAUCCUUUGGGUACUUCAACGAUAAUAAGUGGAGGAACGUCGGCAUACUAUGCGCAUACGUCGUGGUGUUCUUCAUCACAUACAUCAUCACCGCCGAAUAUGCUAAGCCGCCUAAGAGCGAAGGCGAGGUUCUUGUUUUCCGACGUGGCAAAGUACCUCCCGCUAUGGACCAAAAAGCCCUGACCGACGAGGAAGUUCAGUCCCGCAACAUGACUUCGACCGAGAAAGUAUCUGCCAUGCCGACUGAUGAGACGUCAGAGAAGAGGCCGAGACCGAGUGAAUGCGGUAAGCCAAUCUUCCACUGGGAAGACAUCUGCUACGACGUCAAGAUCAAAGACCAGGACCGGCGCAUCCUGGAUUUCGUAGACGGUUGGGUGCAGCCGGGUGUCAUCACAGCUCUCAUGGGCGCCUCUGGUGCUGGUAAAACAACAUUACUCGACGCUCUCGCUGCUCGGAUCACCAUGGGCGUGAUAUCCGGCGACACCAUGGUCAACGGCCAAGCAACAGACAGAUCCUUCCCCAACCGCGUCGGGUACGUCCAGCAGCAAGACGUCCACUUAGAUACCAUGACCGUCCGAGAGGCCCUCGAGUUCAGUGCAUUGUUACGGCAAAGUGCCGAGACCCCUCGCGAGGCAAAGUUGGCAUAUAUCGACGAAGUAAUUGAGCUGCUCGAUAUGAGCGACUUUGUAGAUGCAGUUAUUGGAGUCCCUAGACAGGGACUCAACGUUGAACAGCGCAAACGACUGACGAUUGGAGUCGAGCUCGCUGCCAGACCACAGUUACUGGUCUUUCUGGAUGAACCGACCUCGGGGCUUGAUUCACAGACGUCUUGGGCGAUUUGUGAUUUGAUUGAGAAACUUGCAAAGAGCGGCCAGGCGAUUUUGUAUAUUGGUAAGAAUGCCAAAACGAUGAUUGACUACCUCGAACGAAACGGCGCAUCACCAUGUCCUCCUAAAGCCAAUCCCGCAGAGUGGAUGCUCAAGGCCACCACGCUUUCCGAUGACGGACCUAAUUGGUGUGAGAUUUGGCGCUCGUCUCCAGAGUACCGCGAGGUGAAGAACGAGCUUGGAAUUUUGCGCCAACAGACCCAAGAUAAGCCCAUGACGAAAGGUGCAGAGAAUGAUGUCGCCAGCCAGGAGUUUGCCUCGUCGUUCUGGACUCAGUUCAUACACGUCUUUGCUCUCUACAUUGGAUUCACGUUCAAGUCAGACAACAGCUUGCAAGGCCUGCAGAACCAGCUUUACGCCUUCUUCAUGUGCCUCACGACUGUCAACGAGUUCAGCAAGCAGAUCAUGCCCAUGUUCAUCCCCCAAAGGGCUCUCUACGAAGGACGAGAGAGGCCGUCUCGCGUCUAUCGAUGGACGACAUACUUCCUGUCCAAUAUCGCCAUCGAGAUGAUUUGGAACACCAUCGCCGCAGUCAUCUUCUUCUUCUGCUGGUACUACCCAGCCAAAUUCUACCGCAACACCACCUCCGAAGACGUCGCGAUCCGCGGCUUCACUGUCUUCCUCUUCAUAUGGAUGUUCUUCCUCUGGGUUAGCACAUUCUCCCAGCUCGCCAUCGCCGCGAUCGAGACGGCCGACCUAGCCAGCAUCCCAGCCAGCUUGUUUGCCAUCCUCUGCAUGUCCUUUUGCGGCGUGGGCGUCAUCCGCGCCGACCUACCCGCGAUAUGGAGCGACUUCAUGUACUGGGUCAGCCCCAUGACAUACCUCGUGAGCGGUGCGCUGUCGACCUGUCUGCAUGGAUCCAAGGUCGUUUGCACGGCAACGGAGAUUGUGUCCGUUCCGGUGCCGACGAACAUGACGUGCGGCGAGUUUCUUGGCCCUUUUGUUGAGCGCGCUGGCGGGUAUUUGGUGGAUGCUGCGGCGAGGGAGACUUGUGGGUACUGUCGUAUGAAUACCACGGACGAUUAUCUUGAGACUUUUGAGAUCAACUACGACGAUAGAUGGAGGAACUUUGGGCUUCUCUGGGUGUACAUUGUGUUUAAUGUUGUUGCUGCAUGUGGUCUCUACUGGCUUGUCAGGGUGCCCAAGGGACAAGGGGUCAAGCGGAAGUAA